CAGAGCCCUCCCCAGGUCGCGCAGGCCGCGCUCGUAGGAUCCGCCUGCGGCGCGCAGGCCCCGCCCCCGGCGCGCGAGUCUCCGCCCCACCUCGCCGGCCCCGGCCCUGGCCCCGGCCCCGCCCCCUGCCUCUGGCCGCGCGGAUCCGCUUCCAGACCAGUCGGCCCGGCCCGGGGGCCAUGGAGCUCCGAGCAGCGGAUCGCGAGCCUCCUGCGAACCCCAGGCUGCACGCCCGGUUAGCACUCGGCCGGGAGAUGCGGCAGUGGAAUCUGGAAGGGCGGUGAAAAACCCACGUCCUGCCCUCCCCCGGCCUCUCCAUUCGUCCCCCGGGUAGAGAGGUGCCCGGCUCCCACCCCUUCCCAGCCCCAGCCCUGGAGACAGCAGCCCCUAGACUACUGAGGGACAGCGACAGCAUGAAGGCUCCGGGUCGGCUGGUGCUCAUCAUCCUGUGCUCCGUGGUCUUCUCGGUCGUCUACAUCCUCCUGUGCUGCUGGGCCGGCCUGCCCCUCUGCCUGGCCACCUGCCUGGACCACCACUUCCCCACAGGCUCCAGGCCCACCGUGCCGGGCCCCCUGCACUUCAGUGGAUAUAGCAGUGUGCCAGAUGGGAAGCCGCUGGUCCGUGAGCCGUGCCGCAGCUGUGCCGUGGUGUCCAGCUCUGGCCAAAUGCUGGGCUCAGGCCUGGGUGCUGAGAUCGACGGUGCCGAGUGCGUGUUCCGCAUGAACCAGGCGCCCACCGUGGGCUUUGAGGCGGACGUGGGCCAGCGCAGCACUCUGCGUGUCAUCUCACACACAAGCGUGCCGCUGCUGCUGCGCAACUAUUCACACUACUUCCAGAAGGCCCGAGACACGCUCUACGUGGUGUGGGGCCAGGGCAGGCACAUGGACCGGGUGCUCGGCGGCCGCACCUACCGCACGCUGCUGCAGCUCACCAGGAUGUACCCCGGCCUGCAGGUGUACACCUUCACCGAGCGCAUGAUGGCCUACUGCGACCAGAUCUUCCAGGACGAGACGGGCAAGAACCGGAGGCAGUCGGGCUCUUUCCUCAGCACUGGCUGGUUCACCAUGAUCCUCGCGCUAGAGCUGUGUGAGGAGAUCGUGGUCUAUGGGAUGGUCAGCGACAGCUACUGCAGGGAGAAGAGCCACCCCUCAGUGCCUUACCACUACUUCGAGAAGGGCCGGCUGGAUGAAUGUCAGAUGUACCUGGCACACGAGCAGGCGCCCCGAAGCGCCCACCGCUUCAUCACUGAGAAGGCGGUCUUCUCCCGCUGGGCCAAGAAGAGGCCCAUCGUGUUCGCCCAUCCGUCCUGGAGGACUGAGUAGCCUCCGUCGCCCUGCCAGCCGCCAUGCCGUUGCGAGGCCUCCGGGAUGUCCCAUCCCAAGCCAUCACACUCCACAAAAACAUUUAAUUUAUGGAUCCUGCCUCCUGCCACGUGCUGGGUGGACCUAAGGUUCCUUCCUGCCCCAUUCUGGCGACGCUUGGAGCCAUCUCAGGCCUCAUGACUUGAAGGGGAGUGAAGCGGGGAGCCCUGUCUCCCCCCUCCACUCCCUGAGUAAUUCAUGGCAUUUGGGGGCUCACCCCACCUCCAGGUCUGUCAAGUGGCCUUUGUCCCUGGGGCUGAUGGCCCCCAACUCACCAGCAUCAUGACCUUGUGCCAGUCCUGGUCCUCCCUCCCCAGCCGCCCCUACAACCUUUUGGUGCCACACUUCUCAGGCUGGCCGCCCUGGUUGGGGCAGCCGAGAGCCUGGGGUUCAUUGGGUGAAGGGGCCUUGGAGUUGUGACUGCCGGGGCCGUAUCAGGAACGUACGGGUAAACGUGUGUUUUCUGGA